ACUCAUAGAAGGAUAGAAUAGAUCAGUGAUGUGGGCAUUGUAAGUUCAGUAAUCAAACGUAAACAACAAACAAAAGAAGGGAAAAAUAUUAAGAAACUCCCAAAAAGGGGAAGACAUUGACCUCACAGCUGAUCGAACGACUUAGCUUUCGCAGAGUUUGCAUUGGAUUGAAGCAUAAGCAACCUCCAAAUUCCGACAACAACCGAUUUGCAGAGUGUAUCUGUUUGUUUGUCCUGGAAAGGAAAAUUUACACUAAUCUUCUAUUGUGUGUGAUCUUAAAUUCGUCAUCUUUCCUUCUGGGUUUUGGAGGUUUUUAGUUGCUUGAAUCUGAUGUUGGUUCAAGAUCGUGUGGCUCCUAAGCCACCAAAAUCUCGGAUCAGAGAGCUUCCUAGCCAUCGAUUCGUUGAACCCAAAAACCUAGAUUUCUCGUCGUGGGUUUCAGACAAUGUAUACAGAAUCGUAAUCUUGUUCCUCUUCAUCGUCACUGUUGCUGCCUUCUUCUUCCUUUACAACACCACCGACACUGCUUCUCUCCUUUGUUUCCAAUCCCAAUCAACUCAAUCGAUUCAAUCUCUCACUCGUCCUCAAAUCAACUGGAACUCGAUCCAGAUCGUCUCCGACAAAACCUCACCUUACUCUAGUUUCCGUACGGAGAAAUGGAUCGUUGUGUCGGUGACCAAGUACCCAACGGAGGAGCUCAAGGGUUUGGUGAAGAUCAAAGGAUGGCAAGUUCUAGCGGUCGGAAACUCUUUAACUCCUAAAGAUUGGAAUCUCAAAGGUGCGAUUUUUCUAUCUCUAGAUGCUCAAGCUGAGCUGAAUUACCGGAUUUUAGAUCAUCUGCCUUAUGAUACGUUCGUACGCAAAAGUGUCGGUUACUUGUUCGCGAUUCAGCACGGUGCAAAGAAGAUCUACGAUGCGGAUGAUCGCGGUCAAGUGAUUGAUGGAGAUCUUGGGAAACAUUUUGAUGUAGAGUUAGUUGGAGAAGACGCUAGGCAAGAACCAAUCUUGCAGUAUAGUCACGAGAACCCGAAUCGAACUGUGGUGAAUCCGUAUAUCCAUUUCGGGCAAAGAUCGGUUUGGCCUAGAGGUUUGCCAUUGGAGAAUGUAGGCGAGAUCAAUCACGAAGAGUAUUACACUGAGGUUUUUGGUGGUAAACAGUUUAUACAGCAAGGGAUUUCAAACGGUUUACCCGAUGUUGAUUCUGUGUAUUAUUUCACUAGGAAGACUACUUUUGAACCGUUUGAUAUCAGAUUUGAUGAGCAUUCUCCUAAAGUGGCGUUGCCUCAAGGUAUGAUGGUGCCUGUGAAUUCUUUCAACACGUUGUACCAUUCCUCAGCGUUUUGGGGGUUAAUGCUUCCUGUUUCGGUUAGUUCCAUGGCUUCGGAUGUUCUUAGAGGUUACUGGGGACAAAGGCUUUUAUGGGAGCUUGGUGGUUAUGUUGCUGUUUAUCCACCAACUGUUCACCGGUAUGAUCGAGUCGAAGCUUACCCUUUCUCCGAUGAGAAAGAUCUCCAUGUCAAUGUUGGUCGUUUGAUCAAAUUCUUGCUUGCUUGGAGAUCAGAUAAGCAUAGGUUCUUCGAGACCAUUCUUGAUUUGAGCUUUGUUAUGGCUGAACAAGGGUUUUGGACUGAACUCGACGUUAAGUUCACAGCUGCUUGGCUCCAAGAUUUGCUUAUGGUCGGUUACCAACAGCCUCGGUUGAUGUCACUUGAGUUGGACCGCCCACGAGCAACCAUCGGUCAUGGAGAUAGGAAAGAGUUUGUUCCUAGGAAAUUGCCUUCGGUUCACCUCGGGGUCGAGGAGAUAGGCACUGUGAGCUCUGAAAUUGGGAAUUUAAUCAGGUGGAGGAAGAAUUUUGGGAAUGUAGUGCUUGUAAUGUUCUGUAACGGACCUGUGGAGCGGACUGCUCUUGAAUGGAGGUUACUUUACGGGCGGAUUUUCAAAACGGUGGUCAUUUUGUCCUCUCGGAAAAACUCAGACCUUUACGUCCAAGAAGCUAAACUCGAUCACAUUUACAAGCGGCUACCAAAGAUAUUUGAUCGGUACAGCAGUGCAGACGGGUUUUUGUUUGUUGAAGAUGAUACAGUUCUUAAUUACUGGAAUUUACUUCAAGCUGACAAAACUAAGCUCUGGACUACAGACAAGGUAAAGGAGUCAUGGACAACAGUGAGACCAUCUGGGAAUGCCGAUUGGUAUUCGGUGCAGGUGAAAUUAGUAAAGAAGAUUGUCGGGACAAUGCCGGUAAAUUUCCAAGUCAAUUACAAGGAAGCCACAAAGAAGAACGAUGACACAGCCUUAACGAUGUGCAGCUCGGAAGUGUUUUAUGUCCCUAAACGUUUUGUCUCAGAUUUUACAGAUCUUGUUAAUCUUGUGGGAGAUAUGGAUUUGCAUUAUAAAGUGGCUGUGCCUAUGUUCUUCCUAUCGAUGGAUUCGCCUCAAAAUUUUGACCCGGUUCUAGGUUCAAUGGUAUAUAAGUCAGAACCAGCUUCGUUAAACACUUCUUUGAGUUUGUAUUCUGCGGAAGCACCUGCGGUUCAUCCAUGGAGCAUAUCGAGCGAACAAGAUUUCAUCAAAUUGGUACGGGAGAUGGCGGAAGGUGAUCCGCUUCUGAUGGAACUGGUAUAGUGAUUCAAAAAUAUGAAUAGUAGAUGCAGCAAUGAAAGGAUGUUUAGAAACAGAUUUACCCAUUUGCGUUAUACAAAAAUCGCUUCAUCAAAUUCUUUUUGGUUCUUUCCUUGAUGUAAUUUUGCCAAUGUAAUCAUAUAAAUUUUCAUCAUUUAAUAUGUUGUGAAGAUGAAAACUGAAAAGAUCACUCAUUGACUUGAACAAGACUGUGUUAUUGUGACGCU